AUGUCAAUUGUUAAUUACCAACCACUUCACAUUGCUGCCGCAGCUUCAGUAUUUUUUGGUGCCGUCCAGGCCGAGCCAGUCAGGGUUCUCAAGAGAGAUUUUGAUAGCAUUCUGGUGAUUAGAGACGACAGUGGAGCUUUAGAAGGAAGCGAAGUUGAGACUGAGGCUGUUACCGUCACCUCUGCCACUGCUGCUGCCGCUGCUGCUAAAACUCUUACAUCCCAAGCUACUGAUGAGACCACCGUCCAAGCCACACAGACGGUUUUGACAUUCCAGGGAGAACUCACGUCCGAAACCUCAGCUUCACAGAUCUCAGCCUCGGCCACGGGGAAAUUCACCACCACCGCAGAAACAGCAUUGAGCUGGUCUGCAGCCAGCAUAUCUGAAAGUGCUUCUGAAGCUGCGUCGGGAACUGCUAGUGGAAGUACCACCGUUUGGUGGACUCCCUCGGUAACUCAAUGGUGGACUCCUUCUACCACUGUUGCGGCCUCCACGCUCACCACUAUAACUACAUCGGGAGAAACGAUCACUACAUAUACUUCCGUGAGCUCGACAGGUUCCAGUGACUCCAGUGAUUCCAGUGCUUCUACAGGUUCGUCAAAGAGUAGUACCAAAACAUCAUCAUCGGCUAGUGUUGCUAUCAACUCGACUUCUGGUGGAUCCAGUACGUUUUUGACAAGGUACGAGAACGAAAAUGGCUGGAAGGGAAAGGCUGUUGUUGCUUCUGUUGUUGGUCUCACGCUUCUUCUUUCUGGUAUUUAA